ACUACCUUGUCUUGAAAAAAAUAAUAAUUCUACAAAGUUGUUUAUUUUUGCUUUGUUUUCAUAUUGAAGAAAGAAAAUGGAAGAUGCAAUGAGAAGACUUAAUCAAGAAUCUGAUCUUCCAAUCCAAAACACCACAAACUCUACUACUCUUACUAAAACUAGAUCUUCAUCAUGUGCAACAAACAAAAGAUCACUCAAAGAUAGUAGUGGUGGUUCCUCUGUUUGUACGGUGAGGUACCGCGGAGUACGUCGCCGUCCAUGGGGACGUUACGCAGCGGAGAUUCGUGACCCUCAAUCUAAAGAAAGAAGAUGGCUUGGUACUUUUGAUACCGCUGAAGAAGCUGCUUGUGCAUAUGAUUGUGCUGCUAGAGCUAUGCGUGGUGUUAAAGCACGAACUAAUUUUGUUUACCCACCGUGUCCUUCUCCUGCACAACCCACUUCUACUAACGAUCCUUUUCUUAAUAUUUCUUCAUUCAAGUCUUCAUCCUCUUAUUAUCAUCAGACUUGUAAUCCUCUUAAGGACUUUUCUAAUAGACCUUUUUUCCCUUCCUCCAGUCCUUAUGGUUCUACUGGUAGGGUUCAGAAAAGCAAUGAUUCUUUGAACAUGCUUCUGUUUCGCGAACUUCUGACUUCUAAUUCUUCCAAUGUCAAUAAUGCUAGUAAUUUGAACGUGUCAAGUAGCAUGACGACUUUGCCUAAUUUGUACGAACAGCUACCGAGUUUCAUGUUGAAUCGCAAUACUAGAGGCUUCUCUUCGUAUUUACCAACUAGUAAUAAUACCGUUAUUCCAAGCUCCUCUGUCAUGACUACUCAUGUCCCCAAAUUUGAAAACAUUAUUCAUAGUACAACACUACUCAACAAUACCCCAACUACUACCACAGAUAAUUCUGCAGGCAUGGAUUUUUUUCCAUCUGAGCCAUCUGAUUCUGGAUUAUUAGAAGAGGCCUUAAAUGGGUUUUUCCCAAAGCCCAAGCCUAUCAAAUCUGAGCCUAAUUAUUGUACUAAAGGAGAUUUUUCUAGUAUUUUCCCACAGCAACAGAUUAAUGAUGGUUUAAACAGUGAAUUUGGAUUCUUAUCAGAAACGAUGUCAUCGUCGUCGUCAGUGGAUUAUUUUGCAGGAAAUCUUCAAGUGUCACCAGGAGACAACAUGAUGGGAGACAUAUUUCAGUAUCCAGAUCUUCUCAGUAUAUUUGCAGCUAAGCUGCAAAAUGCUUAAACUUUGUACUGCAUCUUCCAGGACACUUUAUCUUAAGUUAACGUACUGUUUUUAUUUAUUAUAUGCUUCUUAAUUAAUCACUACUAGUGUUUAGAACAUCUGGUUUAAAGAAUUAGUGCUAUGAACAAAAAAACAAGAAAUCCUAGUUGUACUUAAUUGUACAACUCUCAAGUUGUGUGCCUUAAUUUCAAUGUAUUGGUUAUUUUCUUAAUAUAUAUAUUU